UUACCAUAUACGUAGUCCAGUCCUUGUUGUAUUUUAGGAGGUACAAAUCCUCAGUGGAGACCAUUUCCUAUAAAAGAGGAGAGCUGAGAAGACUGUACUGGGUGCAGAGCAGAGGAACCUUUCAAAAUGAAGUUAUCCCCCAACUUCCUCUUCCUGGGAUGGUGGCUGGCCAGGCAGUGUUGGACCUCUAGAGGUCAAACUCCCCCAGAGGCAUUUAUAUCCAUCAGGCCCAGUGGGAUGGUGGCUCUUGGGGAAGAGGUCACCAUCUUCUGCAGAAGUGAGGAGGAAUUUCAUGGAGACUUCUAUCUCACCAGACAUGAAAACUCAUCUGAUGGAGGGACAACUGCAGGUACCAAGCAGGCAAAAUCCAACGAGGCUGCAUUUUCCUUGACCAAUCUCAACCCAUCAGAUGGAGGCCUCUACAGCUGUAGAUCUCACCGGCCUGAAGGCGAUAAAUUCUCGCCUCUCAGUGAGAAAGUCUAUCUCAGUCUAAGAG